CCCCCCUCCUCUUUUCUUUUUUUGAAUGACAGCGCUUUGGGAAGCGGAGACGAUUUUUUGUCUGAUUUCCCGCAGCCACCGCGUCGAUGCGCAGCAGUCGAGGAACUCCAUUCUAAGUGAAUGGAUUGGCAUGGGGAGAAGCGGACCACAAAUCACGGCUAAGCGGCAGCUUUGGGACUGUGUAACGUUGACGAUGGUUUUACUUUCGCUGCUGUUUCGAGCAGCUCACUGCCAGCAGUGUCGGAUCCAGCGCUGCAAUGCGGAGUAUGUGGCUUCUACCUCACCCUCUAGUGGUCUGCAGGAGGACGCAGCUCUCGAUGUGGACUACUGCAUUGCCUUGCGGGCCUACGCCCUGUGCACCAGGCGUCAGGCGCGCAGCUGUAGGGGCGACCUGGUCUACCACUCGGCCGUCUUCCGCAUUAAGGAGUUAUUCUCACAGCAUAACUGCUCCAGCGACGGGCCCACCUCCUCCGCCAAGGUACCCAGUACGUCUCGCCCGGCCGUGUCGGAGCUGUGCGACUACGAGAAUCGGGUCCUCAUGUCGGGGUCGGCGGGUCAGCAGAAGAAAUACGCCCACUGUGGAUUAUUCGGAGACCCGCACCUACGGACUUUCCGAGACGAGUUUCAGACCUGCAAGGUGGAAGGGGCGUGGCCUCUGAUCGACAACCGCUUCCUGUCUGUGCAGGUGACCAACGUGCCCGUUGUCCUCGGCUCCAGCGCCACGGCGACCAGCAAGAUCACAGUGAUCUUCAAGUCCUACCACGGCUGUACAGAUCAGAAGGUGUACCAGGCCACCACAGACGAUCUGCCGCUGGCCUUUCAGGACGGGACCCGCAGUGGCGGCGAGAGCGGCAGCCUGACCAUCGUGGAGCGCGGCGGCUCUGGGGUGGGCCGGCAGGUGAAGAUACAGGCCCGUUACAUCGGCACUUCAAUCAUCGUCCGGCGUGUGGGCAGCUACCUGACCUUUGCCAUCCGCAUGCCGGAGGACACCCUGGACUUCUCGGAGGACAAUGGCGGUCUGCAGCUGUGCCUGCACGGCUGUCCACGCAAUGAGCUCAUCAAAGAGCACACGCUGGGCCGUCAGAGCCAGCAGCCCCGCGUGCAGGGCACCAGCACAGAGCUGGGUCCUCUGCGGCCCCCUCACCAGGUCUACACAGUGGAGAGAGCCACAGCCAAGUGUAGAGAGACUCUGCAGGUGGAGGACGUGUACUUUCAGUCCUGCGUGUUUGACUUGCUGACCACAGGAGACCCCGAGUUCUCCAUGGCAGCCUACGGCGCUCUGGAGGACUUAAAGGCGCUGCCGCCGAGUAAACUGAAGCAGAACUCCCCGAGGACUCCUCGUCUUUCCAACCGAGGGGUGUCACAUGCAGCAGCAGCAGCAGCAGCUGCCAACAGCUCCCUGCUCUCACUCCUACUCCUCGUUCUGCUGCUUUUGUGAAAAAAAUAAAUAAAUAUAAAUGAUUUUUAAACGGAGAAACGUGGAGACAAACAGAACGUGGAAGCAUCACCAGCUUGAGGAAAGAGUGACUAGAGCUCAGACAUAUGUAUUUGUAAUUUCUUUUUUUUUUUUUUGAGGGGAGGGCAGGGGCGGGGGGAUUUGUGAAUGUUGUGAUCUUUUUUUCUGUUUUUGUCAUUUGAAGGAUUUCACUAUCAUAAAAGAUGCAAUUUCUUUCCCACUUUACAUUUUUUUUGUGGAUUCCUGCAUGAGGUCGCAUCAUUUCAAAGAUCCCGUGGCUUGAGGUCAACGCGCUCGUUAUAAAUUGGGUUUAGAGCGGUCGGAUCGGUUAAAGUUGGUACGUGCUGACAUCGAGGCAGCUCCGAACAAAAACAAGUUUAUUGUAAAUAUUUCAUUUUGACUGAGAACAUGCACAGCCUCCAGACACUCCGCCAUGUAUGAAGCUGCAGAAUAUAACUCCACACUGUGUGUAAGCUGUUUGUGUGCAGAGCGACGUGGCUUCUAGAUCCUGUUAUAAUCCAGUUAAUUUCAGUAGCACUUAACGGUUUUUAACAGCAAAGUUUUGUGUAUUUAAAUGUUAUUUCUUUGUUCUGCUUCGACUGUUGUUUCAGAAAUUGGCAUGUUAAAUACACAGGAUCCAACAACUGUAUGUAAAAACUACCUAUCCAUAAUAUAUGAUGUGUCAGUUUGAUAUUCAACAGUUCUCUCGGUUCUCAUCUUCUGUGAAACACUCCCUCUUCAAGCUUGUUUGGCUUCCAGUUUUAAAGGUUUAAAAAAAAAAAUCUUUAUAUAAUAAUAUAUUAAAAGAGUGUAUAUAUGUGUUUUAUAUUGUGUACAUUUGCCUGUGUAUAGAUGUUUUAACUGUAAUAUGUUUUACAUUUGUUGUGCUCAGUAGGUUAUUUUGAGACAUUGUAAGAAAACUAAUAUGUUUGUGUUGUAUAUGAAAUUUUCUGUAUUAAAGUGUUGGACACUCCGGAUCAAA